UUUUUUUUUUUCUUAUCUCUUUUCUUAUUAUUAUUAUUAUUAUUUCUAUACUCCUCAUGUACUCUACUUUAUAAUGCUUUUAUCCCCUUUACGAUCUGUUACUACUACUACUCGUACCCUGGCAAGGUCACUUGUUUACACGAGAGCAUCCAUUUAUUCGUCUAAUAUUACCCUGAAUAGAUUCACAACUCAAAACAUUAUUCGACAAUUCAAUCAAUAUACCCGUGAUAAUCGACCCGAUGAAUAUGAACUUCGUAUUGGUUAUGCCAUUACUGUACUUCAAGACGAAUUACCUCGGUUCUUUGAUCAAGGAUUACAAGUCCAAGAUAUUUAUUCACAACAAGUAGUUCUUUCGGAUCCUCAUUACACUCGUCUUUCCAUCAAGGGUAAAACAGCUUAUAUUGGUAUUGCGGAAAUGUUACGAUGGAGUUUAGGCUGUUACUUUGAUUCUAUGAAUUUGGAAAUUAUUCGUAUGCGUGUCUUACCAGAUAGACCCAAUGGCGACGAUAUCACUUCAUCAUCAUCACCUCCAUCAUCACCAUCAUCAUCCUCGUCCUGUUCAUAUAUCACAUCCUUCCGUCAUCAACAAAUAUCCUCCAAUCCUUGGUCUUUACAUCUUUUGUCCAAACCCAUGGAGGAUGGAUCCUAUCAGCGACAUCAUCAUUCUCGUCCAUACGCUUCUGUUGCAAACAACAUAAUGUCAUCGCAUAUUAGAUCAUUAGAAGAUGGCUUAUCAUUGUCUUCUUCAGUGUUACCAACGUCAUCAUCAUUAUUAUCAUCUUCUGUAUCUACUAACCGACCUUCCUCCAACGUCCGAUCCUUAGAAAUUCGGUGGCAACUUCAAGCAAAACCUCAUUCUUUCUUUUUUCAAAGGCAAGCUGCUAGCAAAAUCCAUCAAGUAGAAGGUGUCUUUAUUUAUACGUUUGAUCAACAAGGCUAUAUAUGUGAACAUAAAAUCCAACGGAUUGAACCAUCACCAAGUAGACGGAUAUUAUUGAUGCAUUCUUAUGGUGGAAGAUUACGGGCCUUUUUGGAAGCAUUGAAACGACGAAGUGAACCUGAAUUACGACCUGGCCUGGGAUGAUCCUAUUUUUCUUUUAGUGUUUAGUUUUGUCAUUCUGAUCCAUUCAUCAUCUCCUCACUAUUCUUUUUUUUUUUUUGUCAAUAAAGUCUUGUUAUAUAU